GGUCCCGUCAUUUGAUGGAUUCGGGGGCGGGGAUUCCGCCCAGGGGGCGGGGCCGCGACUGGGAGGUGGAGACCAGGCGGGGACUGUUGCCCGGCGACGCUCCGGCGCUGGGUCCCCGCGGCCCGGCCCCUCCCCGGGAGGAGGUGGGCUUGGAGUCAGGUGACCCGGGCCCUACGGGAGGGGGCGCGGUUAGGGACCCGGCAGCAGGCGGCCGGGAAGAGAGCAUCGUGGGACGUUCGCGUGGUUCCCAGGCUGGGACCCCAACCCCGCUGGACAGUGGGGGAAACUGAGGCCUGAGUGGGUGCCUUUGGCUACACAGACAGGAGAGGCAGGGAGAGAGUGAGUGUGGAGAUGGGGAAGCCAGUGUGGAGGCCCACGGAGGACCAUGAAGGUGCUUCUCCUCACAGGGCUGGGGGCCCUGUUCUUCGCCUAUUAUUGGGAUGACAACUUUGACCCAGCCAGCCUCCAGGGAGCCCGAGUGCUGCUGACAGGGGCCAACGCUGGUGUCGGUGAGGAGCUGGCCUAUCACUACGCGCGCCUGGGCUCCCACCUGGUGCUCACUGCCCACACCGAGGCCUUCCUGCAGAAGGUGGUAGGGAACUGCCGGAAGCUGGGCGCCCCCAAGGUCUUCUACAUCGCAGCGGACAUGGCCUCCCCUGAGGCGCCCGACAGCGUGGUGCAGUUUGCGCUGGACAAGCUGGGCGGGCUGGAUUACCUCGUGCUGAACCACAUCGGCGGCGCCCCGGCCGGCACGCGGGCCCGCAGCGCCCAGGCAACGCGCUGGCUCAUGCAGGUCAACUUUCUGAGCUACGUGCAACUGACGUCGCGGGCGUUGCCCAGCCUGACGGACAGCAAGGGCUCGCUGGUGGUGGUGUCGUCGCUGCUCGGCCGCGUGCCCGCGUCGUUCUCCACCCCGUACUCGGCGGCCAAGUUCGCGCUGGAUGGCUUCUUCGGCUCCCUGCGGCGGGAGUUGGACGUGCAGGACGUGAACGUGGCCAUCACCAUGUGCGUCCUGGGCCUCCGAGAUCGCGCCUCCGCCGCCGAGGCAGUCAGGGGAGUCACGAAGGUCAAGGCGGCCCCGGGGCCCAAGGCGGCCCUGGCGGUGAUCCGCGGCGGCGCCACGCGCGCGGCCGGCGUCUUCUACCCGUGGCGUUUCCACCUGCUGUGCUUGCUCCGGCGCUGGCUGCCGCGCCCGCGGGCCUGGUUCAUCCGCCAGGAGCUCAACGUCACGGCCGCGGCUGCAGCCUGAGCACCGAGGGGUACCCCUCCACGUCCCGGACGGGAAUGCUCCUCCCUCCAACUGUCCCUGGAGCCAGGACACUCACAAUGGACACCCCUGAGAGGGUGGCCACAGCCCAAGAUAAAUUCAUCAAGACAGAAAAGCAAAACCCGGAAAAACGACGGGCGCCUGGAACCAAUCACAGCUUCGGAGGCGCAGGCGCCCUGUGUUAGGCGCCUCGUCCCGGACUUGUGUCGCCUCACCAGUUUGGACGUGAUGGAUGACAUGACUGCUUCCAUUUUGCAGAUGAAGAAACAGGCUCAGAGAGGUCACACCACCCUUGAGCCAGCCAUGGACCCCACUCCAUUACCUGCCUGCGCCUCUUCGUCGCCGAUUUAUUCUUUGCACUCAUUCAUUCCAUCUGGGAGGAUCCCCUCCUCCGGACACCUGCCAGCUUCCCCCAGCUGGGGGCUCUGGGACUCUUCACACCUGCAGGGAUGUCUGCACUGUCCGUGUACCUGGUGGCAGGGCCUAAGAGGGAGGAGGAGGGAAAGUGUGUUUUGGGCUGGACCCAGUCUCCCGUUUGAGAAUAAAAAUGCUUCUUCCCUUGCA